CACAAGAGCAGCCAAGAGGCACAGACACCCCAAUACUUGUCAGCGGCUGCCCCAGUCCCACAGUCUGACAGUCUGACAGUUGCAGUUGGGGGGUCUCAGCUCUUCCCCGGGCACCUCGGUGGGUUCCUCCUCUAAACACCCAACGUUGGACUUCAAUGAAUCUGAAAUCUUCCUCUGCCUUCCGAUCGGAGCAUACCAUCAAGCAGACCUCCUCCUCCUCUUCCUCAUCUUCCAGCCAGCCCCGGGAGCCAUUCAUGGACAAGACCCAGGGAAUGUUCGGCGAUGACUUUGGCAAGUUUCGGAGACCUCACGGCGACCCACUGGGCUACCCAGGGGCCGCAGACAAUGUGAAAAGCGUGGGAAACACCUUCCAGUUUGCUGUCGAUGUGAGAGAUUUCUCCCCUGAGGACAUUAUUGUCACUACGUCCAACAAUCAGAUUGAGGUCCAUGCGGAGAAGUUAGGGGCUGAUGGGACGAUCAUGAACACUUUCACCCACAAAUGUCAACUCCCAGAGGACGUGGACCCCACCACUGUGACCUCUGCUCUGGGGGAGGACGGGAACCUGACGGUGAAGGCCCAGAGGAACCCGGCAAAGCACUCGGAGCACCUGCAACAGACCUUCAGGACUGAGAUUAAAAUCUAAAUAAAGGGGGUGAGCAGGAAUGGGGGGUAACAGGGAUGGGCUUGAUUGGUUUGGAAGGAACAACCUGCCCUAUUGCCCCUCACCAUGAACUGUUUAACUGCUUCACUCCCAAAUGAUAUUAUUCCCAGGGGGCCAGAGCUCUCCUGAUUGUUACCUGGAAAUGCAGAGAAAUGUGUAGCGCACAAUUGUAGCUGUGAUUGGUUUGUGUGUGUGUUGGACACAAGUUACAAAGAAUCGAAACCCCCCGCGAGAGAGACCCCCAGACUCUGCCGAAGUCUCCCGUGGGUUAAAGGAACAGUACACUCUUGACAUAUAAGUUAAUAAAACCGUUUAUUUUACAUUUUGCUGUUUUAACCCUUUCCUACUUAUCCCAGUCUGUGUUUCUGCUCUUUAAUUUCUAGUUGCAGUUGGUCCAUUCUUCUUCCACUGGUUUCCACUCCUGCCCUCUGCCACCCCUUUUGCCUUCUAGUUGCCCCUUUCCCUCCUGAUCCCUUACUGCUCCCGCCUCCUUCCCAGUGUCCCAAACCAGGGGGACUCCAUGUGCUCCACCUACUCGCCCAACCGAUUGUCACUGUAUUCUCAUUCCAUCUGCUUUCCCCAUUCCUGUAUAGGCACAAAGAGGAGGGAUGAUAGAAUGUAGAGAAAAGGGGAGUGAAACAGAGAAGACAGAAGGGCUGAAUUUAGGAAGAAGAACAGGAAGGGUUCAGCCCACAAGCAGGAAAUAGAUCAGACAGGAGAGCUGGAUAUGGAAAGAACAUUGGGAUUUGGAAGGGUUUAGGCCACAAACAGUAAACAGAAUGGGAUAUGGAUAGUGGUGAGUACUGAGGGUUCUUUGCAUUUGUUUCUUUCAUUCUCCCAAAUUUAGAUUUGGGUUUACUGUUCCUUUAACCGGUCACCUGACAUAGACUCUAACUCUACAUUGGCGGCUGCUGAGGGUCUCAUUGCCAUUUCUCUCUGAUCUGUGCCCCCCUUAACUGGCAGAGCAGCGGCAGAGACGGGGUUAAUGACAUUUAAUGACAUUUAAUCACACAGAGACGUUUCUACUGAUAAAUGGAAUUCACUCGAUAGAAAAGAACAAAUCGCCAUUUCCUUCAGUGUUUUAUUGUUGUAUCCACGCCGUGAACAUGAAAUAUAUUUGUUUAUCAUUCUAAUAAAGGAUUUUAUAUUCCCAAAA